CUUAAUUAGAGAGAACUUUACUUUACUUUGAGGCAUGGGAGGGCAAGCUGAGAAUCGAACUAAGAAGAAUGGUUCGAGGAAAAUCGUAUUCGGGAAGUUCGAGAUGGGGAGGGUUUUAGGGCAAGGUACCUUUGCCAAGGUUUAUUAUGGUAAAAACUUGUCCACCCAAGAAAGUGUAGCCAUCAAAGCUAUCAACAAAGAGCAAGUGAAGAAAGAAGGUUUGAUGGAGCAAAUAAAGCGGGAAAUCGCAAUCAUGAGGAUGGUUCGUCAUCCCAACGUUGUCGAGCUAAAAGAAGUAAUGGCAACCAAAGCCAAAAUCUUUUUCGUAAUGGAGUAUGUCAAAGGUGGUGAAUUGUUCGCUAAGGUAGCCAAAGGGAAGUUAAAGGAAGAUUCAGCCAGGAAAUACUUUCAACAACUGAUCAGCUCGGUCGAGUUUUGUCACAGUCGACGCGUGUACCAUCGUGAUCUGAAGCCCGAGAAUUUGCUCUUGGACGAGAAUCAGAACUUGAAAGUCACCGAUUUUGGACUCUCUGCUUUGCCGGAACAGCUACGAAACGAUGGUUUGCUUCACACGCAAUGUGGGACUCCAUCUUAUGUCGCACCCGAGGUUCUGAGGAAGAAAGGGUACGAUGGAGCCAAAGCUGACAUUUGGUCAUGUGGGGUUAUUUUGUUUGUUUUGCUGGCUGGGUGUUUGCCUUUCCAAGCUGAGAAUCUUAUGAAGAUGUACAUGAAAGUUUUCAAGGCCGAGUAUGAGUUUCCUCCCUGGGUUUCGAACGACGCCCGGAGAUUAAUUUCGAAGCUACUCGUUGCUGACCCUGAAAAGAGGAUUACGAUUCCAGGGAUCAUUGCCAAUCCCUGGUUCCGAAAGGGGUUUUUGAAGCCUGAUGCUGUUCCAGUUCAAGACUCAUCGUCGGUUGAAAAUGGCGACAAGGAUGAGAUCGAGAGCGAUGGGAAGUUCGAAAGUACAUCAUCAUCAUCCCCGCCACCUUUCUACAACGCGUUUGAACUGAUCACAUCCAUGUCAUCAGGAUUCGAUUUGUCUAAUUUGUUCGCAGACAAGAAAAAGCCAGCUUCUAUAUUCACUUCAAAGUGUUCGGCUUCAGCGACUCUGGUGAGGCUUGAAUCCAUGGCGAAUAAGUUGAACUUUAAGGUAUUCGCUACGAAAGGAUUUAAGGUAAAAAUGCAAGGGAAAGUAGAAGGACGGAAAGGGAAAUUAGCAGUGACGGCGAAGGUUUUCGAGCUGGCAUCGGAGGUAGCGGUGGUGGAGUUGUCGAAAUCCACCGGUGACACUCUUGAGUACAACAAGUUUUACGAGGAAGAAUUGAGGCCGGCCCUUAAGGACAUAGUUUGGACUUGGCAAGGUGAAAAUAACUAGGAAGAGGCACAAACUAGUCGGGUAUCUUUCGUUUGUCGUUUUAGUAUGACAAAUAACUGUGCCUCCAUAGAUCACUUUUUAUUUGUUAGUCAUGUAUGUCUUCAGUUUAGUUUGAUCCGACGUAUAAUAUAAGCAAAUGUUGCCAUAUUAUGAGGCAUAGGCUAAUGAAAUAUGUACAUGGCCAUAUAUAUAUUAUGU